AACACAUUUCCGCCUCAAUGUCACAGGAUUCUGUGUAUCAUUUUAAUAUGUGCACUACCAUUUAUUCAAUUUAAUUUUGUUCCAUGGUUGUUAUGUGUGGGGGAAUUUAAGACACGUGUUGGUUUUGAUGAUUAGGCCCGAUCUGGAUUUUCGUGGCAUGGGCCGGAGUUAUUGGGCUUGGGCCCGUAUAAUGAUUUCCCCCUAUGGAUCCAAAUAUCUGAGUUAGGGCCCAAAUAACACGCCAAGUUGCCCGAGACUCAGACGGUGACUCGGUGAGUGAGGCCAGAACCCUUCUGAGUUUUGGGAUAAGCAAUGAAUAACACGAAUUUCGUCUGUUAUCCUAUGGUUGCUCUGCCAUUAUUACCUUCCUCUCAGUUGCUGUUUUCGAAUAACGUUAUCGAUUUCAAGCACAGGGUCUCCAUUGUUGUAAAACCCACUCUUCGGGAUUCGUGUAGAUGGCGAAUCCGAGCCACUGCCGAAAACGGAGCUUCAUCGGCGUCGACUUCCCAGAUCGACAUGGUGAGGAACAGGGAGGGGGUUUUUACUGCCAAACAAAGCAAGGUCGUUGUGCUUUGGGAUCUUGACAACAAACCCCCUCGUGGGCCGCCGUACGAGGCGGCUAUGGCGCUGAAACGAGUGGCGCAACGUUUUGGCCAAGUGGUCGACAUGUCGGCUUACGCCAAUCGCCACGCCUUUAUCCAUUUGCCGCAAUGGGUCGUUGAAGAACGCCGCGAGCGUCGGCAAUUGGACAUUCUUGAGCGAAAAGGGUUGUUCACGCCGUCCGAAUCGUACGUCUGCGAGGUUUGCGGUCGCAAGUGUAAAACAAACCUAGACCUUAAGAAGCAUUUCAAGCAACUUCACGAGCGCGAGCGCCAGAAGAAAUUGAACAGAAUGAGGUCUCUCAAGGGCAAAAAGCGACAGCGUUAUAAGGAAAGGUUCGUAUCUGGAAACCAUAAGUACAAUGAAGCAGCGAGGUCUCUGAUUACUCCCAAAGUUGGGUAUGGGUUGGCCUCAGAAUUGAGACGUGCUGGGGUUUUUGUGAAAACAGUUGAGGAUAAGCCUCAGGCAGCUGAUUGGGCUUUGAAGAGGCAGAUGCAACACUCGAUGAGUCGUGGUAUUGAUUGGAUGUUUCUUGUUUCCGAUGAUUCGGAUUUCUCAGAGAUGUUAAGGAAGGCUAAGGAAGCUAAUUUGGGAACUGUGGUGGUGGGAGAUCGUGAUAGGGCAUUGGGUAGGCACGCAGAUUUAUGGGUUCCAUGGAUGGAGGUUGAAAAUGGGGAUGUUACAGAGGAGGAUUUGGUGCCCAAAAGAUGGAGGAUGAGGAGAAGAGACGAGGAAAUGGAUGAAGAUGAUGAUGGCUUUUCAGUUUCUAGUUUCUAUGGAGACAUUGAAGCUGGUAGUGAUUUGGAGAGUGUAGUGGAAGAGCUUGCUUCCACUAGUACGGAGUUCAAUGGUUUUAGAAUUUCUGCAUUUUCAGAAGGGGAAGAUGAAGAAGAAGACGAUUGGGUUGAAGAGGAUCUGGCACCUGACUAUCUGUUAGUGAUGAGUGACGAGGAAGAUGGGCAUCUCUGAUAUGUCAGCAUGUGAUGAUCAUACAUUUCAUUUGUACAUUGAAAAUUUUACUAAAAUUCAUUCAUUGUGAAGGAUCUUUGUUUUAUUGGAUGAAGUUGAUGAUAUCCUGAUUGCUCGCUUAAGACAUGCGUAAGAAGAUUGGCAUCUCCAAAGGUGUGCGGUGUCAUGAAUUCAUUAUCCAACACCCGAGUCUUCCAAUAUCAGCUGUGUGGCUACUUGGCUUCCACAUUUGAAGGUUCAGAUUUUCCAUUACCAACAUUUACCUUUUUUUUUUUCCUUUCAUUCCCCAAUAUCUAUCUGUGAUGUAAAAUCCACGGACAUGCUCUCUUUGUCCAAGAUGCAUGAUUUGAUAUUUGAUCUGAUCUUCCAUCUAAAUAUAAAAAUCAUAUGCUUCCUGUUGAACUGGGGGCCGCUGCAUAUGCUCCAAAAAUUUAGCUUUCCAUUCAA